UUACGAACAGUUUUAUGUUCAUAUGCAAUGCAAGCAUCAACACCUAAAUGGUUAGGUUAUACAACAUUAGGUACAAUUCCAUGUCUUGUUGAUGCAGUUACAGCACAUUCAGAAGAUCUUGGUUGGUCUGAUAUUAAUGAUUUUAAAGAUAUUGUUGAAGUAGUUCAAUAUCUUGGACGUGCUAUGGCUGACUCAGAUUGUUUAAAUACACCACAAGAUGUGACAGGUUUACCAUUUUCAAUUAUACCAAGAGAUACUGAACAUACAAUUCGUGAUGCUGUUCGUGGACAAGAUGAUGCAUUUAUUCAAGAUAUGCUAGAGUUUGGCAUGAUGUAUGGUGAACAAGUACGACGCGAUCAUCGUACAUUUUUUGAAGCAUUUCGAAAUAAUCAAAUUCCAAACCUUUGA